GUCGUGAAAUUAAAGCAAGUAGAACACACACUCAAUGAGAAGAAAAUUUUGCAGUCAAUCAAUUUCCCCUUUUUGGUCAAGUUAGAAUACUCCUUUAAAGACAAUUCUAAUUUGUAUAUGGUUCUGGAAUUCGUCACCGGCGGAGAGAUGUUCUCACAUUUACGGAGAAUAGGCCGGUUCAGCGAAAGUCACUCCCGGUUCUAUGCAGCCCAAAUAAUUUUGAGUUUUGAAUACCUGCAUUAUUUGGAUCUCGUGUAUCGGGAUCUCAAACCAGAAAAUUUGCUCAUUGAUCCUCACGGGUACUGCAAAGUGACAGAUUUCGGCUUUGCCAAGCGCGUGAAAGGACGAACCUGGACACUGUGCGGCACCCCUGAGUAUCUGGCACCAGAGAUUAUUCUCAGCAAGGGUUACAAUAAAGCUGUGGAUUGGUGGGCUUUAGGUGUCCUUAUUUAUGAAAUGGCUGCUGGCUACCCACCGUUCUUCGCAGACCAGCCCAUUCAGAUUUAUGAGAAAAUUGUAUCAGGAAAGGUGCGCUUCCCAUCACACUUCAGUUCUGACUUGAAAGAUUUGCUUCGCAACUUGCUGCAAGUGGACCUGACAAAGCGUUACGGAAAUCUCAAGAAUGGUGUUAAUGACAUCAAAAACCAUAAGUGGUUUGCCACCACAGACUGGAUUGCAAUCUAUCAAAGAAAGGUGGAGGCUCCAUUUGUGCCAAAAACUAAAGGGGCUGGAGACACGGCCAACUUUGAUGAUUAUGAGGAAGAGCCACUUCGCAUUUCUUCUACAGAGAAAUGUGCCAAAGAGUUUGCUGACUUUUGA